CUUCCCUCCCUCCCCGGCUCGCCCGGCCCGCCCUGCCCGGCCCGCCCUGCGAGUCACCUCGCUGGUUCCCUCCCUCCGCGGGCGCGCUCGGGCCGCCGCAGCGCUCCCCGCCCUCGAGCCUUGUUGCAGGAGCCGCCCGCCGCCCGAGGAGGAGGUGGAGGGAGCCGGAGGGGCCCGCCGAGGCGGCGGCGGCGGCGGCAAGAUGGCGGACUUCCUGCCGUCGCGGUCCGUGCUGUCCGUGUGCUUCCCGGGCUGCGUGCUGACGAGCGGCGAGGCCGAGCAGCAGCGCAAGUCCAAGGAGAUCGACAAAUGCCUGUCCCGGGAGAAGACCUACGUGAAGCGGCUCGUGAAGAUCCUGCUGCUGGGCGCGGGCGAGAGCGGCAAGUCCACCUUCCUGAAGCAGAUGCGGAUCAUCCACGGGCAGGACUUCGACCAGCGCGCGCGCGAGGAGUUCCGCCCCACCAUCUACAGCAACGUGAUUAAAGGUAUGAGGGUGCUGGUAGAUGCUCGAGAGAAGCUUCAUAUUCCGUGGGGAGAUAACUCAAACCAAGCCAACGGAGACAAGAUGAUGGCUUUUGACACCCGCUCUUCCAGUGCGUCCCAGGGAAUGGUGGAAACUCAAGUUUUUUUGCAAUACCUCCCUGUUAUAAGAGCAUUAUGGGCAGACAGUGGUAUACAGAAUGCCUAUGACCGGCGUCGAGAGUUUCAACUGGGUGAAUCUGUAAAAUAUUUCCUGGAUAACUUGGAUAAACUCGGAGAAGCAGAUUACAUUCCCUCACAACAAGAUAUCCUGCUUGCCAGAAGACCCACCAAAGGCAUUCAUGAGUACGACUUUGAAAUUAAAAAUGUUCCUUUCAAAAUGGUUGAUGUGGGUGGUCAAAGAUCAGAGAGAAAACGGUGGUUUGAGUGCUUCGACAGCGUCACGUCAAUACUUUUCCUUGUUUCCUCAAGUGAGUUUGACCAGGUGCUGAUGGAAGACCGACUGACCAAUCGCCUCACAGAAUCUCUGAACAUUUUUGAAACAAUCGUCAACAACCGGGUUUUCAGCAAUGUCUCCAUAAUUCUCUUCUUAAACAAGACAGAUUUGCUUGAGGAGAAGGUGCAAAUUGUGAGCAUCAAAGACUACUUCUUAGAAUUCGAAGGGGAUCCCCACUGCUUAAGAGACGUCCAAAAAUUCCUGGUGGAGUGUUUCCGGAACAAACGCCGGGACCAGCAGCAGAAGCCUUUGUACCACCACUUCACCACCGCCAUCAACACGGAGAACAUCCGCCUCGUCUUCCGCGACGUGAAGGAUACCAUUCUUCACGACAACCUCAAGCAGCUCAUGCUGCAGUGACGUACAGAAAGACUGGCCGUGUCAUACCUUCUGUCCUUUGAUUGUUUUCUGUUCGUUUUGUUUUUCUAAAAUAGCAGUUUACAACAGGAAUUAGAAGAAUCUGGAUCCUAAGUUUGACUUCUUGUAAAUCUUAGUCCCCCUCCCGCGGACUCGGGUUUGUGGCCGAAAGCUGCUGAGUAACACAUCGCCGAAACCUGUUGACGUGCAGCCUUUGAUCUGUUUCACUGUGGCUUCCCUCGGAGGGGUUUGUGCUUCCUGCCAAGCCUCUGACUGGGGAGAGUUCGGGCUCCAGCUUCUCCCACUUCUCCAGCUGAAUUCUGUAGUGCCAAGUUCCGAAGGUGUCCUCGAAGCCUUAUUGGUAUGAGGUUAAGGACAUUCAGUUCCAAAAAAAGCAAGACCCCCUUUAUCUGCCCUGCGCCCGGCAGCAAUCCUCGUGCCUAGCUCUAGAGUGACCUUGUUUGGAAGGGCUGUUGGAAAAAGGUUCGACCUAAGGACUGGCAUUCUGUAGCUGUACACAGAUUUAGCCUUCGUGUUUUUUUUAAUUGCUUAUAUAGCGACAGUUGAUUAGUUUGAAAAUUUCUGUGGUUUCUGAAGGUAAUGUUCUUGGUGUUUUACAGUUUACAUAAGGAUUCCUAGUCUGAUGCUCGUGGAGUUUCACAAAUGGUACAGGGCAGGGGGCGGGGGGAGCCAAAGGAGCGCCAGUGCCCUGCAGAGUGUUUGAUGCAGAGGAAUGAGUUGAAUACAAUGUGCCCUUUUCAUAUUUAAAUUUCAUGUCAUAAAUGUGCCACAUGUGAGGCAUUCUGGCCAUAGCUGCAACUAUAAAAAUCACAAAUCAGUUGAUAACAGAGCUUUCUGAAUAAAACAUACCCCUUCCAGGACCUUACGUGCUUUACGCGCGGACUUGUUCAUCCUGUCUCGGGGCCUCCAGGUCCUCGCUGCAGAGAAGCACUGUUGUUCCAUCACAGACAUCCUUCUGCUGUUCUCCCAUCUGUUCCCAUCAACUCCGACUGUGGCGUUCAUAGGAGUUUUUGUUUAUUUGGAGCUUGCCAAGGGCAGUAUUUUCCUGUCAAACGACUCAAGAAGGCAUGAUUUGAGAUUCCUGUUCAUGUGUCUCUGAAAGAUACGUGUUUCUAUCAUUAUUGCUAAUGAAAUUCUAACUUUAUUGAGGUACAUUUUGAAUGUCUUGAAGAUACUUCUAAGAACAAGUAGUGAUUUUUUUAGUUCACACCGAAAGAUGGUUACAUUUGACCUCUCCUCUGCACAUACGAGAUGAAUGUGUACCCUUGAGGACAGAUACGGUGGUGGUGGACUCAUCAGAGGGGCUCGUUUGCAGUGCUAGAAUAGUGCCUGCUAGGUUGGGUGUGGUGUGAGACCGGGCCUAGAGAGGCAAACCCCCCAGCCUCGUGCCAGUUGGGAAGAUCGGGCAGCUUUUCUCCUUUUUCUGGAAAUUGGGAUUAAGACUGUGAUGUCUGUCACUUUACUGUAGAGCUGCGUUCUCAGGUAUUCUGCUGGCUAGAAAGUCCUUGAAAGAUUGGUCAACACUACGGAUCACGCAGCUUUUCCAAGGCCGUGGCUCUUGGUCUGUCUGGUGUCUAGUGCGAGAGUAGGGCUUUCCAAGGAACUAACCAGGGAUUGUUCUUAACCGUUCCUGACUUUUCUUGCAUUUGAAGUUCCACCAUCAUUUUAUCCAUAAUAACUUUCAGUGUGUCCAUGCCUUGGUCAUGCACGAGCUACAGACCUAUAGCCCAGCAGCCUAAAGCAAGUCUUCAUAGUAUAAAGCUCACGUGUGUUUGAAUACUUCUACAUCCAGUGCUUCUUGCCAAAAAGAAUACAGUGUUUAAAUUCACAAAUUAGAGUAACAUCAGUGCUCGUGGAUAUCGGAAUGCGUGCACAGUAACAUUUGGACUUUCUGUGCACGGAUUGCACAACUAGUUUAAUUGAAUGACUCAAACCAUUGCACUCCAGUGAAGGCUCAAGUUCCCGGUACAAAGAGGAAACUUAGUCUUACUUGAGUUGUGUUUAAGAUCUGUGAUACGAACCGUAAACACUGCCUGACAGCAGCAGUCACCAAGUUGUCCCUUUCGACCACCAAGGCAUGUCAAAACAGCAGAUAGGUAAGGCAUUAUUCUGGGUGUUUGUGAUUCUCCUUCCUGAUGUUUGGGAUGUCUCAACGUUCUUUUAAAAUAAACUUUAGACCAUACUUUGAGGCAGCAGGUUACUUCUCCUUAAUGGCAGGCUUAUUUAGACAGUGGAGGUAUGAGGCUCAGUCUGAAGGCUGUAGCUCACAUGUUUUUAUGGACUGUAUUUUAAAACCAUUUGAAGGAGUCUUAAUACCUGUAUUAUGAAAACUAGAUCCUUUUGAAAUACCACUGUAUGAAGAAGGAGAUGGAACUUAGUGAACCAAAUUAAAAAGGUGCUCAUGGCUUUCACCACGCUAGUUUCCCCUCAUCUCUAAAAAAAGUGGCUUAAAGUUGUUCGGUCUUUUUGCUUUUUUAAAUCUUAAUCAAGGUCAUGAUUUGGAAUAAAAUGUGCCUAAUUCUCUAUUACAUUGUGUUCCUCAAUUCAAAUGUCUUCUUGUUGAAUUCUUAAGAAAUGUCACAAAAGUGCCCUCACUGGCCUCAAAGAAAUGUAUAAUAUACACAGUUGCCUUACAAAUCAAAGAAUGCCAUGAAUUUGGGCCCUGAUUUUCAUAGGGAAAAGGUUUUGCCAAACGUUUUCUGAGGAUCCACAUCAUGGAAGUCUUGAGUCUGCCACUUAAAUAUUGUGUUUUUGGUAACCCGAAUCGUUGCUUUCUGCCAACCAGCGUAUGACAUUGAGGUCUUCCCUCCAGUGUUACUGGGUGGCAGAGGCACUGGGUAGCUGGAGAGCAGCCGAGGGGCGGGGGGGGGGGGGGGGCGGCCACGACCACCCGUGUCUGUUCUGUUUUCUUGGAAGUUGCACCGGUGUGACCUAGGCUGGGAAGCUCCGCUGGUGAACCUCUCAAGUUGAGGUUGUUUAGGGAAAUCCUUUUUCAGCUGGUGGCAGUGAUUGGUUUCAAGUAGAAGGAAGUAAGAGUAUGUCAAUACCAGAGAUGAUGAGAAGUAGUGAUUUUGAUGCAACGGAAAUUGUACGCCCCUGCCAUUUUUGUGUAAGAGAGAAUGAGUAAAUCUGAAUUUGCAGUGUGGACCCGAGUACUUGUAUUUAUGCUUUUGACAAAAAUGUAUUUUCAGCCUUAGUACACAUAUCCGGUUAUGCCUUAUUUAUGUGAAGAAUGAAGUUAUCCCAGUCCUGUUCUGUUAUGUUCUGAAAUUCAAAUCACUAGUGGAGAAGGCCUCAAAUUGGUGCUUUCAUUAUAUAAUGAUCCAUUUAGACAAAACCCCAAACCAAGCCAUUUGGAACAAGUUUCUCUCCUUUGCAAUUUGUAGCAAUGUUAUUUCUGUCUGUGUAAUAAGAAGGCUAAAGAUCAGUGUUAACUCUGAAUUUCUUGUUUGAAUCCAUGAAAUCAUGCCUGUAAAACUCAGUCAAACAUUUGUAACAAACUCCCCAAUAAAUCUAGAGAAAGUC